AUGGCUAAUUCUGUGAAGGUGAUGAAGCGUAAAGAGCUGGAAGCAUAUCUGCAGGAUGUUGAAGUCUUUGAAAACCCCAAAGUCAAGCUGGAGCAGUAUCCCACUACACCACAUAUUGCAGCCUGUAUGCUGCACACAAUUUGUUGCACUUAUGAUGACUUGACAGACAAGAGUGUUGUUGACCUCGGAGUGGGCUGUGGAGUCUUGAGUAUCGGAGCAACAAUGCUGGGAGCACGCUAUGUUUUGGGUGUAGACAUUGAUGAGGAUGCUCUUGACACUUGCUCCAGAAAUCUCCAAGACUUUGAAAUUCACACAGUAGAUCUACUAGCUGCUGAUGUUCGGCAUUUAGCCAACCCUCUGAACUGCCACCUGCAUAAGAGGUUUGACACUGCUGUGUUGAAUCCUCCCUUUGGCACAAAGCAUAAUCAAGGUAUAGACAUCGAGUUCCUGAAGGCUGCACUGGCGUUGUCCAGACAUUGUGUUUACUCACUUCACAAAACCUCCACACGAGAACAUAUUUUAAAGAAAGCAUCUGACUGGGGUGUGGAGGCCAAGGUGAUAGCUGAGCUACGCUUUGAUCUGGCCAACACUCUCAAGUUUCAUAAAAAGACAGCUGUAGAUAUUGAAGUUGACUUCAUUCGAUUGCAACACAAGACAGAUGGCCGCACUGUGUGA